AUGGAGAACGUGGAAGAGCUGGACAGCGCGUUUGAGGCACGGGAGCACUACUACAAGGUGCUGACACAGGCUGCCGCCUUGGUGGCACAGUGUCUCCACAAGUCCACUCAUGAAGCAAGAGCCUUCCUGUUUGGCAUCGACUGGGCAGAGCUGCCCAUUGAAAAGCUGAGGGCCAAGAAGAGCCAGCUUCAGAAGUCCUUCCACACCGACAAGACCAAGACCCUGGCUUGGCAGGUUCAUCUCAUGAAGCAGGAGGAGGAGGAGGAUGUGGAGCAGCGCGUUCAUGCAGACAUGGAGAAGUUCACGGCGGCAACAGUUUGUGUGAACCAGGUGGGCAGAGCUAUUGAACAGGAAAGGGAGAAGCGGCAGAAUGUUCAAAAUCGCGUGCACGACUUGGAGAGGAAGGCCAAGGUGUGGGAGGGCCGAGCCAGGGAGCAUACGAGGCUGGCACAGCAGGACCCUUCCAGCCUGCUCUGGGAUUCGGCGCAGGAAGCUGCCAAGCAAGCACGGGAGCUUUGGGAUGACUUGAUGCGGCUCUUGGAUGAUGAGGCUGUUGAUCCUGACCACAUCAAGCGGAUCCGAGUCCGACUCUCCAUCGCGGAGGCUUGCAUUAUGGAAAGCUUACCGGCCAACGUUGCGCAGCUCUACGUGAUUGGAGGCAAGCGCCUGUGGCACCAAUCUUGGCCUCUGGACCCGCAGAAGCAGCGCGAUCACAACGUGCUACUGAAGACUAUACUGCAGGUCGAGCAAGCCGUCCACGCCCCAGGACCUUGCAGUUCAGAGCUGUCACAUGACAAAGAAGCCAGCUCUGAAGGCCGCGAAGUUCCGGAAACUGCGUUGGCUUUGCUUCCAACUGCAUGUCGGGGUCAGCGACUUCGCGGUGACCUUCAGGUUUCCACAGCAGCUGAUUUGGACCGUGUCUUGCAGUCAACGAGGCAGUUUGACAUGGACGCCUACCAGCUCAUGGUACCCACCUUGGAGGUCGCUCGUUGCGAUGUUAGCUCGCCCAUGUGUCGUACUCUGCGGUCUCUGCAGCGUGCUCAGCAGGUUGGUAUUGCACUCGGGUCUGCGGGACUGACAUCCGGUGCAGUUUGCUUCGCCUCGGGAUUCAUGAUCGGCUGUGCUUUCACAGGAGGUGCGGGUCUGUUGCUUCUGGCAAUAGGCGGUUGCGCAGGGGUGGCAACAUGGCGGAAGACCGCUCAACGCGGGAACUUCCUGAAGCAUUUGCAUCACCUUGUCCGAGAAAGCCACAAGGCACUGCAAAGAAAAGGCGCGGAAGCCUUUCUCGAGACGCUCUGCAUGCCGCUGCCCAGUUCUACAGACCUUGGAGGCGCUGCCGGAAAACGAGUCCUGAACUACCCACACACCUUGGAAGAGCCGCUCAAAGACCUCAAGGGCAGCGUCAAGUUCCUUUUGGAGUGGGACGUGUGCCCGGUUUUCAUUGGUCAGCUGUUGCUCCAGGUGGCAGAGAUAUUUGCUUCUCGGCGCAUCAAGAAGAUCAAGGUUGAUGGUGAGCCGCACGCCCCCAUGUACAACCGGCUCAAGAUUCAGGCUGAGGACAUCUUGACUUACCUUGAGGCCAGCGCAGCCAAGGAUGGGGAGCUGUAUUUGGCAGCAAGGGCCAUGGACGAGGCGGCAAGCCGGGAAGAGGCUUUGACUGUCAAAGCUACGGCUACGUUUCAGGCAGAUCAGGGCAGCCUUCUUGAAGACCAUUUCAAGUGGUCAACUUCCUGCAGAGCAUGGUAUUUACAAAAACCGCUGCCGCACUCGCUCCCGCACUCCAACAACGCCCAGGUUGGAAUGAUUGUGCAGAAGGCCACGCUUCAUAAAGAGAUUGGCAGCGUGUGCAAAUCAGACCUGAAGAACUUAACUAGCCUCGCGAAGCUCUUUGCAGAGAGUGGAGUGAGCAGGAUCGAGCUUGAAUUCCAGUUGACACCGUUGUCAUCCUUCAAGCAGCUCGCAUCCAGCUUUGUGAAGGACAUGCCAGCCAAGGACGAACAACAGGUUCAGAUGCUUCAGCUGUUGCAAGUCACGCGGAUCAACAUGGCAAUGCUGCUGCUGCUGAACCAGGAUGCUGCGCAAGAAGAGGAUGGCAACAUCAAGAAAGCUGAGCUGAUCCUUCAGAAAGUUCUCAGUUCUAUGCAGGCUUCUAAUACCUCCUACGACUUGGAGAUUCGCGUGAAAGCCGUGCAGGACUUUUUCCAGGUCUUUGCCGGGCGCAAGUUGAAGGUGCUUGAGGAUGGUGAGGCGUGCCCUGCAGAGGCCAUCAGGUAUGAGCAGUGGGGUAGCCGAGUGGUCAGGAUCAGUGAGAUUCCCCCGAAAGCCGGCGGGCUGAGCAAGCUGUCCAAGGAAAUGCAAAGCCUUGUAACGUCGUUCCAAGCAUCUGUUGCUCACCAGAGGAGCAAGACGAGGCCUCAGGCUGGGGAGAUCCAAGAACAAGCGCAGGACCUUCUCAUUCUCAUGGCCUCUCUGGAGGCGGAGUCUUUCGACAGCCCUGAUGACGUACUGCGGUGGCUGGCAAAGUCGAGCAAGCCGCCCAUUCGACAGGUAUUUGUUUGCAAGUCGCCCGCUGUCUCAGCAGGUUGUUCUACGAGUUUCUUUAGUGAUCGAUCCGGACAGCCUGCAGAGGAGCGCAAGCUCAUUCCUGAGCCCGCUGAGCAUGGUGAUGAUGUUUUCUUGCUGGAGGGCGAGGGCAAGUGGAGCAGCCUCCAGCGAUUUGAACCUCCACAGUUUGAUUCUGCCGCUGGCGCUUUUGCCAACGACUUGCGCAACUCCCCCGGGGCGCUCGCAAACCUUGCACCAGAAAGCAAGGAAGGUGGGGCCAUGAGGGUCCUACAGGAGCUGGAAAAAGCCUUCGAGCAAGGCAAGGCGGAAAGAGACUACUUGCUGCGCUUGGCCACAAAUUUGCUUCGGAUCCACCCUUCAGCCAGCUUGCCACAUGAUCAUCUCCGCGCCAAUGUGCUGAUGCCAUGCCUUCGGCUGCUCUCCGAGGAGAGGAUGCAUGCCAUGAUCACCGAUGAGAUUCUUGCUGAGACCCAGCGCUUCCUUUGGUUCCCAUCGCUCAUCUCCAAGAUCUACUUGAUGAAGGCGCAUUCCUACCUGUGUCAAGGCAAGGUGCACUUGUCCAAGAAGUGCGCCGACGUAGUGGCGAACACGCCCGAGUACGUGGACAGCUGCGCAGAUGAGAAAGCAUGGCUUCAACGCCUGCAGCAUGCGCAAUGCGUUGCCAUGAGGCAUUGCGAGACUCCCGCGACCUACAAGGAGGACCGUCCAAAAUGGGGCAAGCAAAGCAGUAUGGGCUUGCGCUGCAACCAGCGCGAGGCUUUAUACAGCUACACGCCAGAGAAUGGGCACGCCUCAAAGUCUGCAGAGCAGUACAACAUUUUGACUGUGGCAGGUGAAGGCAUCCAAGACCUCGUACCUGCUGUCUUCCUCAGCGAGUUAGAGCUCCGCGUGGGUAAACCCUUGCACGAGGUCUUUCAUCUCAUGGCAGGGGCUUCAACGGGAUCAGUACUGGUGGGAAGCCUUGCUACACCGACGGCUGAAAACAAGGCCCGCUAUCGUGCCUCAGACAUCGUUGAGCUGUAUGCUUUUCAGCGCUGGCAAGUCUCCUCCGACAGCGGUGUGGAACGGCUUCUCAGGGAGAUGUCCGUCUUCGAGGAGCAGAGCCCCAUUUACUUCAGGGACACACUGGGCAACCUAAUGGUGCGUGCUGGCAAGGCAGAUGGAUCAGUCCAACAGUGGGUUGCGCAGGAGGCACGCGUGGAAACCAACAAGGUCUACAAGCGCACCCUCAAGCUCUUCGAUGUUCUCAGGAGCUCCACCGCCGGUGUCUUGCCGCCCUAUGAAUUCGAUGGCCAGAUGUACUUCGGUGGGAAGUCGUUGGAAAGUGACCUUGACUGGGAUGCAUGGAUGUGGGCGAAGCAACAAGAUGCGGCUUCAGGCAUGCUGCUGCUGUCGCUGGGCUGUGCCACAGAUGUCUAUCCAGGGCUCCGCAAUGGCUGCGAGAAGCUGACCUACCACAGAUGCUGCCCCAAGCUGGGUGUUGACCCCGCCUGGGGAGACACGGCAGGGGCCACUGCGACAUUGUUGGAUCGGGCAGAGUCCUACCUGCAGGAGGCCUACUGCUCGGAGUCCAAUUGGUUCAAUAAGAUGAUCGAGAAGCUUUCCAGCUGA